AUGGAGAACUGCAUUAAUUGUGGUAUUGCAACAGCUCGUUGCAAUAUAACGGGAAGACGUCCUUUAAAUGAAGAAUCCGUCUUAUCCAUUGUACGUGAAUGGGUUGCUCCACUAAGGGUAGAACGUGAUCAUCAUCUAUGCCAAGCUUGUUGGGAUUUGGCUGUUGAUACUCUACUCCUAUGUGGACCUAGUGACGUGAUGCAUGCUCCGCGUGGUCAUGUCCAUGUGUGUGUCCACUGUGGUCGUUCUCUACUGCGGAAUGCACGAUCCCAUCGGCUACGAACUAUAUUUGAACGGGAAGAGAGGAUAUAUAAUGUUAUUAGUGAAUGGAUUCUACCCAGGACUAUUGGAGCUCAAAGUGAAAUAUGUCACUCUUGUUGGGUGAGAGCAGACAGAGCAGCUCGCCACUUUAUGUCACAACCAUCAACAUCAACAUCGGAUGUGUUGGUUUCUGCUUUGCCAGUGCCUGAAGCAUCUACUUCAACAACGGAAGAAGUCAUCCAACAACCUUCGAAUAUUAGUGAGGCUAUUAUUUUGCCUGAUUAUAUUAGAGCCAUUGAAACAGAGAGAAGAUGUUUUAUUGAAGGCUGUAGGAGGAGUGAAAGGCACAGAAUUCCAGAUUCAUUAAGAAAAAAUCUUCUUAAUAUGCACAAGCUGUAUAUACCAGCCAAUAAUCGCCUGUGUGAUUAUCAUUUGUAUGGUGUAGAAUCAUGGGAUGUUUUAAUAGGAAUAACAAAUAAUUUUAUAAAUAGUUUCUCAGCAAGGCAUAUUCAAGAUAUGUUGGCUUUAAAAACAUCAAGUUCUGCAGCUUUGAACUUUGAGGAUAUAGAUUCCAUUGAAGACCACAUCUUUUAUUAUUGGAUUGGAUUAACAAAAGUCCAAUUUAACCAAUUAUUAAAUGAAUCACCAACAUUGGUACGAAUGUCUAAAGGUGUAACAGCUCUAGCAGCUUAUCUUAUGAAACUGCGUACUGGAGACCCAGAUGACAGAUUGGCAACUUUACUCCAGAUACCACGGACAACAUUAUCACGCUUAAUGAAAAAAGCAAGAGCAUAUUUGAUUGAGAAUUAUGUUCCACAUCAUUUAGGCCUAAAUCAUAUUAACAGGCAACAGUUGAUUGACAGAACAUUGAUGAUACCAAGUGGUUUGUUUGGAAGUGAAAAUAAUGAAAGCAAGCCAGUAGUCAUUUUUGAUGGCACAUAUAUAUAUAUAUACAAAAAAGCUCGAAUUAUAUGUACCAAAAAGAUACAUAUAGUUUACAUAAAUACAGGAAUUUGGUUAAACCAUUUUUAAUUGUUUGUACCGAUGGCUAUAUAAUAGAUGUUUUAGGUCCAUAUCCCGCUACAAUGUCCGAUUCUGACAUAAUGAAAGAAG